GAGGCUGCACCAGCACGGACGGUCCUCGCAGGUGGCUGUGGGGCUGCUGGGGUUCGGCGCUCGGAGGGAAGGGCGUGUGUCGGCAGGGAGUUCCGGGGCCCUGGGCCUCUUCUGCGGGAUCCCCCAGGAGCGAGCGAGGCCUCCCCACGAAGUCCUGGGGGGAUUCUCAGAAGCGCCGGGGAAGGACCCCCAGACAAGGUUUCGGGGAGCAGCCGUGGCCCCGCUGGGCUUUCUGUGACCUCGCGGGUCGGUGCAGACGCCAGGCGUCCUCCCGGGCGCUCCCCGCCAGCACACCAAGAUGUCCGGCCCCUUCCUGAAGCAGGUCUUCAACAAGGACAAGACGUUCCGGCCCAAGCGCAAGUUCGAGCCGGGCACGCAGCGCUUCGAGCUGCACAAGAGGGCGCAGGCGUCCCUGAACGCCGGCCUGGACCUGCGGCUGGCCGUGCAGCUGCCCCCGGGCGAGGAGCUGCACGACUGGGUGGCUGUGCACGUCGUGGACUUCUUCAACCGCGUCAACCUCAUCUACGGCACCAUCAGCGACGGCUGCACCGAGCAGACCUGCCCCGUCAUGUCGGGGGGCCCCAAGUACGAGUACCGCUGGCAGGACGAGCACAGGUUCCGGAAGCCCACGGCGCUGUCGGCACCCCAGUACAUGGACCUGCUGAUGGACUGGAUCGAGGUGCAGAUCAACAAUGAGGAAGUCUUUCCCACCCACGUCGGCACGCCGUUCCCCAAGAACUUCCUGCAGACGGUGCGCAAGAUCCUGUCGCGGCUGUUCCGCGUGUUCGUGCACGUGUACAUCCACCACUUCGACCGCAUCUCCCAGCUGCGGUCCGAGGCGCACGUCAACACCUGCUACAAGCACUUCUACUACUUCGUCCGGGAGUUCGGCCUCAUCGACACCAAGGAGCUGGAGCCCCUGAAAGAAAUGACCGCGCGGAUGUGCCACUGAGAGGGACGAGGGACGGCCCCCGGUGCAGACCUGGGUGAGCGCUCCUCCGCUGCGGGGGCCCGGGCCCGCCGCCCUGAGCCUCGCUGUCCUGUCCGGCAAGGGCCUGGACUGAACUUGAACUCUGCCCUUGCACCUAACUUCCACGGCCGGGAAAACCCACUGUGCGCUGGAACCACUGCCAGGCCGGGAGGCUGCGGGGAGUCCGCCCCGGCCCCGGCCUCUCCCCUUGGCCUGCGCUGCGCGGCCUCGGGCCGUCCGAAUAGAGCCGCUGCCCUGUCCCUCUCCCCGGCCGGGGUGCCUGGGAAGGGGGCCCCAAGCCAGCCGGACCUGGGGCCUCGCAGAGGUACGCCAUGGCCACCGCGCCCGCCCUGCUCUUCCGGAUGCUCGGGCCCUUCCACUCUCCUCGCUGACCGCCCCGACCCCCAGGCCCGGCUGCCCACAGCUCCUCCUGGCCCGCAGAUGUCUAGACAAGGCCUGCACCAAUAAACAGGCCCUCCCGCCCCGUGCAGUGUGCA